AAUCGCCUAAUCCGGUUAGAGGUUGGGGUGAGGUACAGGGGACUAGUUGGGCUGAUCUGAGACCUCUAAUCUCGCCAAAACUCACCCGCCAUCCCAGUCAAAGGCUCGACCCUUUCUCCGUGCAGGUAAAUAGGGAACGCCUCGACGUCCGCGUCGGGGGUCCUUUUCGACCCCGAUUCCGACGCGAUAGCACCAUCCAUCGAGGUCGCGAAGCCGGCUAAGGCCCCGCGACGGUAUCAGCGCAUGAUACAUAAUACCCCCCUGGCAUGGCGGAGAAAUACAUCAUUCGAGUAACUGCCGGAUCAGACUACGAUCUAGACCAGCAUGUCGUAGUGCCCGUUAAUUCGCACGAGCCGGUUAGGAUCGAUACCGAGUUGAUCGACGCGGAGCUCAACGUCCGCGUGCGGAAUUACAGCGGCCUGCCUAGAGGCUCGCCCGUCACCUCUCCUUAUUUUACGUGCGAGCCUCAUACCGCCAAUGAUGACUGGUACAGUAUAGCAAUCCGUUUCACGCCCAAGAGGCCUGCCGCCCGUCCCGACUCGAUGUCGGUCUCGAAAGACCCGUCCGGAGCCCCGCCGAGACUGGAGCGGUGCUCUGGAUCUUCGCAGUCAUCAUCCUGUGCUGAUAGCGACGAGGACACCGAUGAGCAAGCUGCUAGCGGCAUUUCGGGGACAGACCUCCAAUUCGGCAACGAUUUUGACCACCCCAUUCGAGACCGCCUCCCGCCCGGCUUCGGUUAUGCCAUGAACAUCGUGAAGUGGUGGAUCGACCCCGGCCUCGAAGGCGACGCGUACGCCGAUCAGCCUUACCUAUACGGGCCUGCCUUGUCGUCUUUCAACACCAUUCACGUAGGACCGGGCGAGAUCUGCCCAGAGAAGGGUGGGCUGUGCUUCGGAGAAGGCGGUGAUGAAGAUGGCCUCAGGGACCGACACGCCAUCGGCACACCAGAAGCCGCCAAGGACCGCAUGAAGUGGGCCUUGAAGUCUGACAACCGGAGCCGGUGGCUAUUCCAUUACGGCAAAACAUACUGUCUCGAUUUCUACAACCCCUACAUUGACUUUAACGAGUUCAGCCUUCGCCUACCAGGCUUCACUCUACCAAUUAUGAAAUACUGGGACGGCCAGAGCCUGAGGCCUAGACCGAAGCGCUCACACACCCUCAGAUACGUACUGCGUAACCGCGCGUCCAACGCCACGUACUUGGUAGUCGUGUUCACGCUUUACCUUAAGGAAGAUGUCAACGAGGACGGGUCGCUCAAGCCAACUCCGUUAACGGCAGCCAGACAGCAGCAGCAGCAUGAUGAUGGGGAGGCGACCGAUGACCUCGGAGGUGCGGCCGAGGUGGAUAGCGGCGCGAGCCCGGACAAAGACAAUUAUGAAACCCGUCGACGCUUUGAGAAGAUAGAUAUUGGUAGGGCAGCUAGGAACCAGGAGACUUUCGACGACGGUGUCGACUAAUCCAAAUAAUAAUAGAUGCCAGGUCCGUGCCUUAUAGCACAUCUCUCACUAUCAAAGGAGAAAUCAACUGAAAACGGAUUAUGUUUUUACUUUUUUCAAUGAACAACCGUAUUAAUUGACAUUGACCUCUGGGUGGAGUUGAAAUCGAUAACGCCACAACACACGGCCACUCUCACCCUCAGUCCCACCAUUUCUCGUAGGUUCGGCUAGUCGAUAUUAUAUCAAC